UCGCGCCACUUUCGUCUGCGGCUGGCGGGAAGCGGCCGCGGCACCGGCGGACCGGGGCCAGGCGUGACGUCAUUUGGGCGCUGGACCGGCUCGGGACCGAUCCCUGCCAUGGCGCCGCGCGACUAUGCCGCCGACAAAGAGAAGCUGAAGCGGUUCUUGGAGGAGUUCUACCGGGAUGGCCCUGACGGCAAGGAGUUUCCGUACCGGCAGCAGCUGGAGGCCUUGGCACACCGGGAUCAGGUGGCGCUGUACGUGUCCCUGGACGACGUCGCCGAGGAGGAACCGGAGCUGGCCGAGGCCGCCUGCGAGAACGCGAGGCGCUACGGGCGGCUGUGCGCGGACGCGGUGCAGGAGCUGCUGCCGAGCUACCGCCGCCGGGAGGUGACUCGCAGGGACGCCCUGGACGUGUUCAUCGAGCACCGACUGCUGCUGGAGCAGCGGGGCCGGGACCGGGAAGGGGGGGACAACCGAGAUCCCCACAACCGCUACCCGCCUGAGCUGCUGCGGCGCUUCGAGGUCUACUUCCUCGCCCCCUCCUCCUGCAAGCCGCUGCGGAUCCGGGACGUGCGUGCGGGCAGCAUCGGGCACCUGGUGACCGUCCGCGGCGUCGUCACCAGGGCCACCGAGGUGCAGCCUCGGCUGCUGGUGGCCACCUACAGCUGCGACCAGUGCGGGGCCGAGACCUACCAGCCCAUCGAGUCGGAGACCUUCACACCGCUGCUGCUGUGCCCCAGCCGCGAGUGCCAGCGGGACCGGGCCGGGGGCCGCCUGUACCUGCAGAGCAGGGGGUGCAGGUUCCUCAAGUUUCAGGAGCUGAGGGUCCAGGAGCAUAGUGACCAGGUGCCUGUGGGCCACCUGCCUCGCUCCAUCACGGUGGUGGCCCAGGGGGAGAACACGAGGCUGGCACAGCCUGGGGACCACGUCAGUGUCACUGGCACCUUCCUGCCCCAGCUGCGCUCUGGCUUCAGGCAGAUGGCACAGGGACUGCUCUCGGAGACCUUCCUGGAGGCUCACAGCAUCGUGAGGGUGAACAAGGGAGAGGAGGAGGAGGAAGGAGCUGAGCUGAGUGAGGAGGAGCUGCGGCAGAUCACUCAGGAGGACUUCUACGAGAAGCUGGCAGCCUCCAUUGCCCCUGAGAUCUACGGGCACGAGGAUGUGAAGAAGGCUCUGCUGCUGCUGCUGGUGGGGGGUGUGGACCAGAACCCCCAGGGCAUGAGGAUCAGGGGCUCCAUCCACAUCUGCCUGAUGGGGGACCCAGGCGUGGCCAAGUCCCAGCUGCUCUCCUACAUCGACCGAUUGGCGCCGCGCAGCCAAUACACGACCGGGCGGGGGUCGUCGGGCGCGGGUCUGACGGCGGCAGUGCUCCGGGACGCUGGCACGGGGGCGCUGACCCUGGAGGGCGGGGCGCUGGUGCUGGCCGACGGCGGCGUCUGCUGCAUCGACGAGUUCGACAAGCUGCUGGACGCGGACCGAGCUGCCAUCCACGAGGCCAUGGAGCAGCAGAAGGUGGCCGUGGCCAAGGCUGGCAUCUUGGCACAGCUCAACGCCCGCUGCGCCGUCCUGGCGGCCGCCAACCCUGCCCUGAGUCGCUUCGAUCCUUCCCGCAGCUUGCAGCGCAAUCUGCAGCUGCCUCCUGCCCUCCUGUCCCGCUUCGACCUGCUCUGGCUGCUGCGCGACCGCCCCGAGCGCGGCGCAGAUCUGAGGCUAGCACAGCACAUCACCUAUGUGCACCAGCACAGUCGGCAGCCGCCCAGUGCCCUGCAGCCCCUCGACAUGAGGCUCAUGAGGCGUUACCUUGCCCUGUGCCGCCGCCAGCGCCCGGUGGUGCCCCCCCAGCUGGCAGAGUUCAUCACUGCUGCCUACGUGGAGCUGCGGCGAGAGGCCAGGGACAGCCCCGAUGCCACCUUCACCUGUGCCAGGACCCUGCUGGGCAUCCUGCGCCUCUCCACGGCCCUGGCACGGCUGAGGCUGGGUGAGGUGGUGGAGAAGGAGGAUGUGAGUGAGGCCAUCAGGCUGCUGGAGAUGGCCAAGGACUCACUGCAGGGGGACAAGGCACAGCAGAGCCGUGCCCAGCGCCCAGCCGAUGCCAUCUUUGCAGCGCUGCGGGAGCUGGCAGGGGCCGGGGGGGCACCUGGGGGGGUGCCCAGGGGGGUGCCCUACGCCGACGCCCUGCAGCGGUGCCUGGCAAAAGGCUUCACUGUGGCACAGCUGGAGGAGGCCCUGCAGGAGCUGCAAGAGCUCAAUGUGCUGCAGCUCAACGCUGCCCGCAGCCGCAUCACCUUCCUCUGAGCCUGGCACCCCUGCCCUGGGCACCCAACCCUGCCCCUGGUGCUGAAGCUUCUCCCAGGCCCUGUUGGGUCCUCGCCCCUCCCCCUGCCCCUCCCUUGUUGACCUUUUAACCAAUAAAAACCUUUGUGUGA